AAAUAGCACCUCUUGUAUUGCAUCACAUACAAUAUCAAUAUAUCAUAUUUUCUCCAGUGCCUUCUCACAAAACUAAUUGUUCGAUAUUAUGCAAGUCCAUCAAAACAAAGCACAUGAACAGGAAUAGGCUAAGCCCCUAGAAGGAAAAAGGAAUAUUCUCCCGACAGCAAGUAGGGUAAGAGGAAAAUUUAUUGAAGGUUUCUCCUACAAAGACGAGUUGGAAUGAGGCUCCCUUGCAACGUAAUUUCUUCCUUUGCGCCUGAUUCUUACUGUCAAAGAAAGCAAAUUAGCCCUGAUAUGGCUAUAUGGUCCCCAGUAAAAGAUUGAAAGAACAUAGACAUACCAAAUAUUGGUCCAUAUAGAAAGGGAGGUUUGGACUUUAGACUCUGGAAACUACUAAUAUUCUUAUCUUCAACUAAAAGGAUAAGAAUUGGCAAAAGUUUAAAGUGAUAACACUAUCCUGAUGAUCUACCUCACCUAGUCCCAUCUUGGUAUCCUUAAUCAUCUUAAUGGCACACUUAUCAACUGUGCAUUCAGAGAUCUGUGUAGGACAUUAUGAAAACCAUCUUAUGCCACUUCCCAUUUUAUUCAUCACAUCUGUCACUAGCACCCUCUCUCUGAUGUGAUCAUUUCCAAUCUGGUACGAUCUUGUAUGACCGUACAUCUAUUUUGCUAUUUGUGAUUUGAACACGCUCAUUUUGUGGAUAUGCUGUGUCUUAAAGACCCAACAUUAUUCUCAUAUGACAUUGUUGGUCUUACAAUCAUUCCACAUAAUUUUGCGUUUUCAUUUGUUAGGUAUCUUCCAGCACUCCCAUGAUACUCCUCCGUUUUAACCAUCCACUAUGUGUUGUAUUUCACCUUUCAUGCUAUUCUCCUUGACAACUGAGUCUAGAUCAAAAUUGUCUUACAUUUAGUCACCACAAUCCCAUCCAAUCUCCUUACCUUCCUUCUACUUAAGGAGGCUAAGCUUGCAAUUGCAUAUUUUCUUCUACUUAUUUUAAAACUUUUACCAUAUAGAGUGCUUUUCCAUAGUUCUAACUUCUAACUUUUGGUUGAAUUUCACGCUACUGUUAUCACCUAUAAAAUAAUCCCAAAAUUUAUAUGUAUCUCAAGUGCAUUCUUUACUCUCACAAAACACUGAAAUGAAAAAAAAGGGGCAAUGACUUCCACAUCUGCCAAUGAGUUGAAUUUCACGCUACUGUUAUCACCUAUAAAAUAAUCCCAAAAUUUAUAUGUAUCUCAAGUGCAUUCUUUACUCUCACAAAACACUGAAAUGAAAAAAAAGGGGCAAUGACUUCCACAUCUGCCAAUGAGUUGAAUUUCACGCUACUGUUAUCACCUAUAAAAUAAUCCCAAAAUUUAUAUGUAUCUCAAGUGCAUUCUUUACUCUCACAAAACACUGAAAUGAAAAAAAAGGGGCAAUGACUUCCACAUCUGCCAAUGAGUUGAAUUUCACGCUACUGUUAUCACCUAUAAAAUAAUCCCAAAAUUUAUAUGUAUCUCAAGUGCAUUCUUUACUCUCACAAAACACUGAAAUGAAAAAAAAGGGGCAAUGACUUCCACAUCUGCCAAUGAGAACUCACUAAACGCUCCCAUGAUUGUUUAUUCUAAACUAUGUGAUCUGAACCUAAAGAAACUUCAAUCAUGAUUGUCAAAUAUCCAGUUAUAAUGUGGAGGCACUUAAAAUGAGUGUUGCCAGUGAAACUGUAAUCAUUAAUUGAUGAAGCUUAUUACAAAAUCUUAAAUGCCAUUGUGAUGCUGUCAGUUUCUUCACCACCAGCAGCUUUGCAUGACAAACUUAUCGCCUGAUUUCAAUCUAAUUCAAUAUUAUUUGAAUUUUGGACCUUUUCUGUAGCACACCAAUUCAGUAGAUAUCCUUUUCUUGUCCAAGUUUCCAGCAUCAUUAUAUGUUGCUGCCAUUCUGCACACCUGGUCUUUUUCUAAUGAAAUGUCACAUUUUGCAACUGCAGAUGCUGACACUGGAGCAUCAGGAUCUGCGCAAGGAAGUAGAACGGCUUCAGAUGGAGUUAAGCAUGCUUAGCAAAGAAAGAGUAGAUCUGUUAGCCCGUAUAAGAGAAGCGGAGACGGUGCCAAUUCAGAAAGAUGACUUUCAGCUGUCAAAUUCAGAUCAUGAAGUCGGUCAGCUCAGCGAGAAGCUUUCAUCUUUGGAGAUCAAAAUGCAUGAUGAUGAAGUCAACCAUAUCAAUGUGAAAGCUAAGCUGAGAAUGAGACUUCGAGGGGCACAAUCAAAAUUGGAUGCAUUUCGUGUGAGGUACAAUGAGGCGCUGGAUGAGAUGGACAUAAUGAACAAGAAGUUUGAGGAGGCUUCAUUAAAGCUGAAAGAUCAGUUAGUUUCAAGUGGUCUUGAAAUCCUCAGCCUCAAGAAGCAGCUUGCUUCUGCAAGGGGUCCUUGAAUGGUUGAUAUAUCUCUGCAUCUGUAUUAAGUACAUAUCUGUUACCAAUAUAUAGAUCUUAACUAAUCAUUUGUAUAUAAAAUUGUUCCCAGUGACUGCCAGUAGGUACUACGUUGAACUGCAUUAAUAUGAUUUUAUAAUGAGGAAAAAAUUAGAGUUUCUUUA